AUGUUUCGAAGAUCGACCAAUCCGAGCUCCAGAUCCUACCCCUACAACGAGGGCCCAUUUCAAUCGCCGCAGAACUCGGUUUCUCGAGCGUCGACCGUAUCGGGUUCCUCACGUGGGGCGGUUGUGGGCUCCAACAACCCCUAUACCGCUGCUGCCACGAGUAACACACGCUCUGGCAAUGGGACCUUCCCGGAAUUGGCUGCGCUGAGCCUCAACGACGACACACCUCCCCCACCGACCUACCAGACCGCCGUCAACCAGGGUUUUCGGCAGUCUCAGGAGCUGGAACGUCAUCACCCACCACCCCCACCUCAACUGGCGCCGAGGACUCCGGCCUCGGCUUCCUUCAACACCGGGGGCACGCAAGCGCACCAGCCCACUUAUGGCUCUCCAAACUCCCAACAAUACACCGAACACAUCAGAACGCCGUCGAUCGCCUCAUUGGACCGGAGAUCGAGCCUAGGAAGUGUCGCCGACAGUCCUUCGACUCUUGCACAGCCUUCAACGACCACGGGCUCUCUCGUCCAUCCAUCUCGAGUCGCCAGCACGUCUGCCCCCAAUCGUCGCUCGAGUAUCGAAGAUCCUCUCGCCCCAUUGGGCAAAUACGACCUCUGCAUCCUGUUGGACGACUCGCCGUCGAUGACGGAGCAUUGGUACGAAGCUCGGGAUGCUCUGAUCGGCGUCGCGGAGCGGUUCGUCAGAUACGACAAGGACGGCAUCGACCUGUGCUUUAUGAACAAUGACAAUCUCAAUCUCAAGAACGUGGUUGAUGCUUCGACUGUUCGGGAAGCAUUUGAGAAUAUUCAGCCAUUCGGGUCAACGCCGUAAGUUUGGGACCGAGCCAGAUCUUCACGGUCUUCCUGGUUCUUCGUCUAAGCCGACCUUCGUCUCUUGCUUUCUAGAACGGCCAUGGUACUAGACGACAUUCUACGCGACGUCGUCGACCGGAUAGAGGAUGCCAAAGCGGGCAAAGGCCCCAAAAUCAAACCCCUGAUCUGUAUCGUCCUAACCGACGGGCGAGCCGACGACACGGACGGGUUACGCGACCUACUCGUGGAAAUGGCCGGUCGUCUCGACGAGGUUAGGGCACCGCCAUUCCAGUUGGGCGUGACGUUCUUGCAAAUUGGUAGCGAUCCGGAUGCGACGCAGUUUUUGCAGCAGUUGGAUGAUGAUCUCAAAGCGGAGAGUGGGGUGAGGGAUAUCGUCGACACGUGAGCUUUACUCUUGCCUAUUUUCCAACCUUGUGGGUGUGAAUGUCGAGCUAAUGUCUUGUCACUCAUCUUUGGUAUAGAUUAACAUAUCAGGGUCAACUGACGCCGGAGUUCGUGCUCAAGGUGGGUUCGCAUACAUCGAGGUCAGACCCCUUCUCGUCUUGCCGGUCGCUGAUAUUUCCACUUUCAAUCACUCUCAAUCUUCUCGCAGGCCGCUCUCGGAUCGGUCAACAAGAGGCUUGACGGUUGA